UCUGUAGAAUGAUGAAGAAGAAGGGCUCCCCACUUUGCCUAGCAAUAUUAUUGCUAAUCAUCUUGGCUUCAAGUGGGCUUUUGGAGAUGAAUGGUGCUAGCACCAUUUGGCUGGGGGUCAUUCUGCUAAUAGCUUUGGUACCAGAGAUGAGAGUGCCACAUGCAGAAGCUAAAGUUUGUGAGGCGUCAAGCGCAGGUUUCAAGGGGCUUUGCACGAGCGAUACAAAUUGUGCGCAAAUCUGCAUCACCGAGGGCUGGACUGGCGGCCAUUGUGAAGGGCUGCGCCGCCGCUGUAUGUGCCAGAAACCCUGUUGAGCUCAGUUUGUUUGAGUGUCUUCACCUUGUUGGAAGUAUAAGACUUUGUGU